AUGGCAGGGCUUACAGCCAUCGCCGCAGCCGUAGCGGCAGCCGCCCUCCUCCUCCGCUCCUUCUACCUAUGGCUCAUGCCCAAACCCAUCCCAGGCCUCCCGCACAACCAGGACUCGGCGGGUCGUAUCUCAGGCGACGUCCCUUACUUUGCGGAAUACGACAAGGCGGCGCGCUUCCGGACUCGGUUCUUCUACGAUCUGGUGGCCAAGCACAAGUCGGCCGUCGUGCAGGUUCUCCUGCCCUUCUCCAAGCCCCUCGUUAUCGUCGCGGACUAUCGCGAGUCGAGAGAUCUCAUGGCGAAGCGGAGCAAAGAGCUUAGUCGCGGGUACAUGAAUAAUUUGGCGUGGCAGGGUUUCUUGUCGGAGCACUUUAUUGCCAUGGAAGAUGCGCACCCUUCGUUUAAGAAGUCGAGGUUUCUUACCAAGGAUUUGAUGACGAAUGGUUUUCUUCACUCUGUAUCUGCCCCGGCAUCUCAUGUAGCAAUCUCGGACUUCAUCCGUCUAUGGAAACGCAAGGCAGCUCUCGCACAGGGGCUGCCAUUCGAGACCGUCGAGGACUUGGAGGGUCUCACCUACGACAUCAUGAUGACUGCCGUCUUUGGAGUCGGGUACGAGGAGAGCACUACGACAAAAUAUUCCAAGCUCUUGGAGGACGUCAGCGAAGACAGCAUCAACCUAGGCGGCUCGUCCGCACAGGUUGCCAACUUCCCGUCCCCCGAGACCCCGGCCUUGGUGAAAGCUCUCCACGUCCUCAACGUCUCCAUCACGGCGGUCUUCGGCUCCGUAUUCCCUAAGCUGUCCGUCUUCAUCGAGAACCUGAAGCCCAAAGCACGCCAGGCUCUGAAGUUGAAGAAGGACGCAGUACAAACCCAGAUCGAUGCCGCUGUCAAGAGGGCCGCCAAGGGGGGUUCGUCGGAGCACAAGUCGGCGGUAGACUACGUCGUUUCCCGCGAGAAGACGGCAGCUAUCGAGGAAGGUCGAGAGCCCAAGUACGAUGGUAUGCAUCUGAACGACAUGCUCUGGGGAUACAUCGCCGGCGGCCAGGACUCUACCCACAGCACCUUAUGCUUCACGGUCAAAUACCUCGGCGCACACCAGGAGGCCCAGCAAAAGCUACGAAAGAUCCUCAGGACUCAGGUGCCCUACCUGGACGCCUUUAUCGAGGAAACGCUGCGCCUGUGCAGUCCUGCGGGCGCCAUCACCAAGGAAACCGUCCGCGACAUUAACGUCCUGAGCCACAUCAUCCCCAAGGGCACGACAAUUAUGUUCCUCCUGACCGGUCCGACCUUCGUCCAGCCAGGCGUCCCCGUCGAGGACGCAAAACGCAGCGAGACCUCGCAAAAGGCCUCGAGCGAGGGCGUCGGCGACUGGUCACACAGCGAUUUCCCGGCCGAGGAUUUCGCCCCUGAGCAGUGGUUGCAGCAGGCUGAGGGAGAGGGCGAGGCAGUCAAGUUCAACAACAACGCGGGACUGUUCAUGAGUUUCAGUAGCGGACCUAGGGGCUGCUGGGGUAAACGGCUGGCGUACCUGGAGCUGAGGAUGAUUGUGACGCUUUUGGUGUGGAACCUGGAGUUUUUGAAGUUGCCCGCAGAGUUGGAGGAUCCUGGGUUGACGGAAGGACUUUUCACGAAGCCCAAGUCCAGUAUGAUUAAGUUGAGGGUCAUUUCUGACACGGAAUGA